AACAACAACAAUAACAGUGACAAAAAUUUAAAAAGUGCAGCGACGCUGACGUUCACGUCGUCGCCUGCAUGUGUGUGCCUUAAUUUUGUGCUUCCUGUGGAGAACAGACAACAAGCAGUGGCAAUAAAAUAUAUACAUACAUAUAUAUACAUAAAAAUAAAAGCAACAAGUGGAAAUAAUAACAACAGCUUUCUUUAAAAGCCGGCUGCGCAGCGUCAUCAAGAAGAAGCAGCAGCAGCAGCAGCAGAAGAGCUUGCGCGUGAGAGAGGAAAAAAAGAGAGGCGCGUGAGUGAGAGUGUACUCCAACAACAACAACAAUCAACAAUUACUCUCUCUUUGGAAUUUUCAACAAGUUGUCAAAAUGUGUGCGUUUAACCCACUGAGCGAAUUCCACGUGGCGGCGGUUCUUAAAGAAAGCCGCCUGGAUGCGUUUUUGCUUUGAUCGGCUGUGUUUCGCAACCAAGCGGCCAGCCAAUAACAAUAGCAACAGCCACCAACACAACCAACCACACAGCGGCACCAAUGAGCCGUGCAGCAGCAACAGUGACACCACCGCAAUCACCGCACCACCACCAGCACCACCCGUCAAUGUCUAUGCCGAAUACCAGAAGCUGCAGCCAGCGAUAAUCAGCAGAGACGACACCGAGGCCAAGCCGCCGGACAUCUCAGAGAACAGUCGCGAACAGCCGCCAACAGCACAAACACAAACACAAACACAAGCACCACCCAGCACCACCACCACCACCACCACCAGCAUCAGCACCAACACCACCACAACCUCAACGAGCAGUGUAAACAUCGCAAAGCAUCGCUAUCGGCGCCAUAGCAGCGCCGAAGAUCAGCCGAAGAUUCUGAUUCCGAUUCCGAGAGCGAAUUCGAAUACGAAUUUGCGCAAAGCGGUCAGCAUGCAGCAGGAGCCGAAUGCCAACUAUCAGUUUCAGCCCGACCUGGGUCUGGUGAACAUCGUCAACAACAAUAACAACAAUAAUAAUAAUAUUAAUAAUAAUAGCUUUGCUCAGAGCAGUGGCGGCAUCGUACAGCUGCCCGUUGGCUAUCUCGGUUUGGAGCAGACAGCGGCGGGUCUGCGCCUGAUACCCGCCCCCGCGCCACCCUGCCAUACGGAUUUGCUGACGCAUACGCUGAUCUACGGCACACUGCCAUCGGGUACACCACAGCACACAGAUCAACGCAGUCUGCUGCAUCAGCAGGAGCUGGUGCUGCAGCAGCGCUAUCAGCAAUUGCAACAGUUGCAGGCACAGACACAGGGCAUCUAUACCGCAUCCGGUAGUCCAGUGCCGGUGCACUAUCAGCCGACGCCGACCAGUCAGCCGGUGGCCAUACCUGGCGCCUGUCACUCGCCCACCACUCAGCAACAGCAACUACAGCAGCAACAGCUACAGCAGCAGCAGCAACAGCAACAGCUACAGCAGCAGCAGCAGCAGCUGCCACCCACUUCUUUGGCGCUGGCACAACAUAUGCAGGGUUUGCGGAUUUCUGGCUGUACGCCGGGCAGCAGCUCGGCCACACCCUCGCCGGUGGGCAUGGCCGAUGCAACGCUUAUGCUGGGCAAUGCCUAUGUGGCGGCCACACAGCAGGAGGAGCGCUUCAUCCAAAUCAUCCAGGCAAAGGAGUUAAAAAUCCAGGAGAUGCAGCGAGCCCUGCAGUUUAAAGACAACGAAAUUGCCGAACUGCGCUCGCACCUGGACAAAUUCCAGAGUGUCUUCCCCUUCAGCCGGAGCAGCGCUGCCGGUUCAACUUCACCCAACGCUGGCAACGGAUCUGCUGCCGGAGCGGGUCCAAAUUCGGCAACGGGUGCCACACGGAAGUCGGGGCAAACGUUUCAGCGGCAACGUGCUCAGGGCAUCUCUGCUGAGCCGCAAAGUGAAACCAUGGUGCUCCUCGAGCAUGUCAGCCUGCCCAAAUACGAAAAGGAUGAACGCUCCCGUGAACUUAUCAAAGCGGCCAUUUUGGAUAACGAUUUCAUGAAGAAUUUGGACUUGUCGCAAAUACGCGAAAUUGUCGAUUGCAUGUAUCCAGUUAAAUAUCCAGCCAAAAAUCUAAUCAUCAAGGAGGGAGAUGUCGGCAGCAUUGUAUAUGUUAUGGAAGAUGGACGCGUCGAGGUCUCACGCGAGGGUAAAUAUCUAUCCACACUCUCUGGCGCCAAGGUACUGGGCGAAUUGGCAAUACUGUACAACUGCCAGAGGACGGCGACAAUCACAGCGAUCAGCGAGUGCAAUCUGUGGGCGAUUGAGCGUCAAUGCUUCCAGACGAUCAUGAUGCGCACCGGCCUCAUCCGACAGGCGGAGUACACGGAUUUCCUCAAGAGCGUUCCCAUUUUCAAAGACUUGGCCGAGGAUACUCUAAUCAAAAUCUCCGAUGUCCUGGAGGAGACGCACUAUCAGCGCGGUGAUUACAUUGUGCGGCAGGGAGCACGAGGCGACACCUUCUUCAUCAUAUCGAAGGGCAAGGUGAAGGUGACGAUCAAGCAGCAGGAUACGCAGGAGGAGAAGUUCAUACGAAUGCUUGGCAAGGGUGAUUUCUUUGGCGAGAAAGCCCUCCAAGGUGAGGAUAUGCGCACAGCCAACAUUAUUUGUGAAUCCCCUGAGGGUGUCAGCUGUUUGGUCAUUGAUCGCGAGACAUUCAAUCAGCUGAUCUCGAGUCUGGAUGAGAUCAAGCAUCGCUACGACGACGAAGGUGCCUUGGAGCGCAGAAAAAUCAAUGAGGAGUUCCGCGACAUUAAUCUGACAGAUUUGCGUGUGAUUGCCACAUUGGGUGUGGGUGGCUUUGGACGCGUUGAGCUGGUGCAAACGAAUGGCGAUAAUUCGCGCUCCUUUGCCCUCAAGCAGAUGAAGAAGUCACAGAUUGUGGAGACGCGCCAGCAGCAGCACAUCAUGUCAGAGAAGGAGAUCAUGGGCGAGGCCAAUUGCCAGUUUAUAGUCAAGCUGUUCAAGACGUUCAAGGACAAGAAAUACCUGUACAUGCUGAUGGAGAGCUGCCUGGGCGGAGAGCUCUGGACCAUAUUGCGGGACAAGGGCAACUUUGAUGAUGCCACAACGAGAUUCUACACGGCCUGCGUAGUGGAGGCAUUCGACUAUCUGCACUCGCGCAACAUUAUCUACAGGGAUCUGAAGCCGGAGAAUCUGCUGCUGGACGAGAAGGGCUAUGUGAAGCUUGUAGACUUUGGUUUUGCCAAGAAACUGCAAACGGGCCGCAAAACGUGGACAUUCUGUGGCACGCCCGAAUAUGUGGCACCCGAGGUGAUAUUGAAUCGUGGCCAUGACAUUAGCGCCGACUACUGGUCGCUCGGUGUGCUCAUGUUUGAGCUCCUAACGGGUACUCCACCGUUUACGGGUUCGGAUCCGAUGCGCACCUAUAACAUAAUACUUAAGGGCAUCGAUGCCAUCGAAUUUCCGCGCAACAUUACGCGCAACGCCAGCAAUCUGAUCAAGAAACUCUGUCGCGAUAAUCCCGCCGAGCGUUUGGGCUAUCAGCGAGGCGGUAUUAGCGAGAUACAGAAACACAAGUGGUUUGACGGCUUCUACUGGUGGGGUCUGCAGAAUGGUUCGCUGGAGCCGCCGAUUAAGCCGAGCGUAAAGAGCGUUGUCGAUACGACCAAUUUCGAUGACUAUCCGGCCGAUCCGGAAGGACCGCCACCCGAUGAUGUCAGCGGCUGGGAUAAGGAUUUCUAAAUGUAGACGACGUAUGGGAAUAUGUUGACGCUGCUCUCUGUCUUUCUCUCUCUGUCUCUCUCUGGAGACCUUAGUCGCGUAGCUGCUACAAUUUGUGAAAAUAACGACGAUGAAACGAUCUGAACGGUCUUAACUAGUGCGCCAUUUUUGUACGCCAAAGCAAUAGUCAGGGUCCGGCUUGAUGAACGAAAGCUGAGCCCCAAAAGUAGCAGUCGCAUCGCCUAGGGUCCGCAUCAUAAAAGUCCAUAUCCACACACAACCACAGACAACCACAGACACCCACAGACAACCACACACACACGCAUUGAAACAGCUCAAGAAAGCAGCUCAUUGUCACAGCGAUCUGAGGUAUCACGAUUAAAUUGUGCAACAAUAUGAAUUUACUAACGAGUUUAUAAACUAUUAUUAUGUAAAGAUUGAGAAAUCUAUAUUUUCUAGUUCAUUGGAUAUCAAUAUAGAAAUUGUAAGUAGGUUCCUGUGCAUAUUGGCAUUGCUCUCGUCAAUCCAUGUGCAUUGUGUAAAUUGUUUUCUCCAUCUAACUAUGUAAAAAUUACAAUAAUAUUUGUUAAAUGUACCAAGUGCAAACACACACACACACACACAUACACCCAUAUAGAUACAAAUCGGGUUGCCUUAUAGUCUGUAAGCAAAUUUGUUUAAGAAAUUAUAUGACCAAUACCCUCAUGACCAUAACAAUUAAUUUUACUUCUUUGUUUUCUACAAACUGUCUGUCAUUUGUAAUGGCUCUAAGCACUUGUGGAUCAAUAUUCUAAUUAUUCUUCAAUCAUUAGGCUUAGACAUCAUUAUUUCUAUAUUUUAAUGCGUACAAUGUGUCGCUUUUUUUAAAUUGACUUCUUUUUAAGUAAAUUCAGCUAGAAACUUAAUAAAUAACAAAUUUAUGCGCCUUUAA